CUCAUACUACCUCUCUUCUUCUUCUUCUUCUUCUUCAACGCAAUUUCAUAACUGGAAAUGGAUGUUCAACCCACUGCUCUUCUCAACUGGGCACUUCUCUGCCAAGGAAAGAGCAUGGAUGAGCUGCGGCAGUGGCUGUUAAUGACGACUUUGGAGUUGGAGAAAACAAGGGUGAAAGCUCAAGAGGAGCUGGAAAUGAGAGAGAAUCAGAUUGUUCAGCUCAAAGAUAUGCUGAGCAGAGCGAUGAAGGAGAAGAUUGAUGCAGAGGAGAAGUGUCAUAGGUUACUGUUUGAGAGGCUUCUGUUGCAGCAGCAGCCGCCGCCGGCGGCGGCUCCAAUCUCUGGGGUUUCAAGCGUUGAAGAUGAGCCGAGAAGGGGAGUGGAUUAUCACUCCAAUAAUGGCUUCUCCUCCUCCGAUUCUGACGAGAGCAUCGUCUCCUCGCCGGCGCCGGCGCCCCAAGAUUUGCCGAUUGUGAUAGAUAAGCCCUUGCCGGAAAAGGGGAAGUUUUUGCAGGAAGUGAUGAAAGCAGGGCCGCUUCUUCAGACACUUUUGCUGGCUGGCCCUCUCCCCCAGUGGCGCCACCCUCCUCCCCCCAUGGAAAUGGGAAGUGGGAGCAGAUGA